UCGGUGUAGGCCGAAUCUAGGUGGGCUUGGCCUAUAACACCCAUCGUCAGUUACCGCUCUCAGAUCUCUCUCUUCGUUUUUCUUUUUAAUUUCAUUUCAAAUUUCCGUUUGUUUCUUCUAGUCUUUGAUUCUCCGUCAUUUCUUUUUCAUACUUGAUUUGAAUCCCUACACUGACUUCGCAUUCUCGUUCAUUGUAAUUAUCCGAAUUAUAAAAGUAGAGAUCAUCAGAGACUGGCGAUCAAUUCUCUGUUUCGAUUCUGUAUAUGCGUUAAGAGUGUGAUAUGGAGGGUUUACCUACAACCACUAAAGGAGAUAAACGAUGGAGAUCGAAGAAUCUGCAAACAUCCAAGCCUUCUUUGUUGAUGGCUUUUUUCUCUUGCAUCGCUUGGCUCUAUGUCGCUGGCCGGUUGUGGCAAGAUGCGGAAAACAGAACAUUACUUGCUAAUCUUCUUAAGAAGAACAUGGAACAGAGACCAAAGGUUCUUACUGUUGAAGAUAAGCUGAUGGUCCUAGGAUGCAAGGAUCUAGAGAAGAGGAUUGUAGAAGCAGAGAUGGACUUGACGUUAGCUAAGAAUCAAGGAUACCUCAAGAACCAGUUGCGACAAAGUGAGUCUUUUUCAGAAAAAAAGCUUCUUGCAGUUAUUGGCGUUUAUACUGGAUUUGGUAGUUACUUGAAGCGACAAACAUCUAGAGGAUCUUGGAUGCCUAGAGGUGAUGCGUUAAAAAAACUGGAGGAAAGAGGAGUAGUGGUACGAUUUGUAAUUGGUCGGAGUGCUAAUCGAGGUGAUAGCUUGGAUCGCCAUAUUGAUGAGGAAAAUCAUAGGACAAAGGAUUUCUUUAUUCUUGAGGGUCAUGAGGAGGCUCAAGAGGAGCUCCCUAAGAAAGUAAAAUUCUUCUUCAGUACCGCAGUUCAAAAUUGGGAUGCUGAGUUUUAUGUAAAAGUUAAUGAUAAUAUUGAUAUUGAUCUAGAGGGAUUGAUUGGACUUCUCGAACACCGACGUGGACAAGACAGUGCUUAUGUUGGAUGCAUGAAGUCAGGAGAAGUGGUUUCUGAAGAGGGAAAGGAUUGGCAUGAACCUGAUUGGUGGAAAUUUGGGGAUGAGAAAUCGUACUUCCAACAUGCCUCUGGUUCCCUUUUUAUUCUCUCCAAAAAUCUUGCUCAGUAUAUCAAUGUAAACAGUGCAUCUUUGAAGACUUAUGCAUAUGAUGAUACAUCUGUGGGAUCUUGGAUGAUGGGUGUUAAGGCAACUUAUAUAGACGAUAAUCGUCUUUGCUGUGGUAGCAUCAGACAAGAUAAGGUGUGUUCUUUGGCUUGAGAAGAGAACAUGGCUAACUUUUUAUCAGUUUAAAGGCCAACUAAUUUGAGGGUUAUCCGAGCUAGUUCAGAUAGAUGUUCGAGUGUCAAAAUUACUCUUUUGCAACAUCAUGCGGACAUCUUUUUACCGGAUACAGCGGCAUUAAGGUACUUUUGAGAGUGUCGGAUGGAUCAUUUUAUUAGUAGAUAUUGAUAUACGAUUUAUUUAGGGGGGUUAAACACAGCUUAAUACUUUUUUCACAAGCUCCAUUCUAGUAUUUCAUUUCUUCAAUGUAGUAGCUUCAAGCCUCCAAUACAUUUUUCACAAGUGACUGCUAUUGAUUCCUUUCUUUGAGUUAAUUCUGAAUGCAGAUUGGCUCGAUAAUUACCCAAUCAGACUUGAGUACUUUUUUAGUUGAACUCAAAUAGCUUACAAGCACUAGUGUCUCACUUACAUCUUUAUGUUGAAAUGGCAGUGUUGAGGCUUUGAUGAU